UGAAAUUUAAUACCUAUCAGGUUCUUCUUACAUAGGUAGGUACCUACAUGUGAUUGCUACUUAUUACUACUUCACUACAGGUAGUUUGAUACUACUUCGGUAUAAGUAAAUAGGUAGUCUAAUACCUAUACCACCUGCGAUACGGUAUACCGGCCCUAUACGUGUAUCUAUCUAUAUAACGCCAAAUCGACAACGAAUUACUAUAGGCAUAGACAUACAAACACUCCCCCAGACUUAUUAUCUUCUCGCCAUGGGCGCACAGCAGUCGUCCCAUAGAGACCCCGCGGGAAGCGAUACCGUUCCUAAGAAGACGGACUACUAUGAACUAUUAGGAAUCCACCACCAAGCUAGCGACGAUGAGAUCAAGAAGGCAUACAGGAAAAAGGCUCUAGAGCUACAUCCUGACAGGAAUUACGGCGACGUCGAGAACGCUACGCAAAAGUUCGCCGAGGUUCAAGCCGCUUACGAAGUUCUAUCUGAUCCCCAAGAGCGCGCCUGGUACGACUCUCAUCGCGAUGCUAUACUCCGCGGGGAUGAUCCGGCCGAGACUGGAGCCGCUCCCGAGUACGACAACGUUCGCAUAAUCACCGCCGACGAGAUUUACACUUUGGUUGGGCGUUUCAACAAGAACGUUCCCCUUGACGAUUCGCCGAAUAGUUUCUUCACUGUCUUGCGUGAGAUGUUCGACAGGAUAGCCGAAGGAGAAGAUGCGGCUGCAGACUGGGACGGGCUACCUCCAGUCGAGUACCCUUCCUUCGGCGAAUCUAAAGACGGCGAUAGCGUAGCCAGGGCAUUCUAUAGCAGGUGGUCCAACUUUUCUACCAAGAUGAGCUUUUCCUGGAAGGAAAAAUGGCGACUCUCCGAUGCUCCGGACCGGAGAGUUCGUCGUCUCAUGGAAAAGGAGAAUAAAAAAUUCCGAGAGGACGCUGCUCGCGAUUUCAACGAUGCAGUGCGGUCUCUAGUUGCUUUUGUCCGCAAGCGUGACCCCCGUUAUGUAGCGAACACGCAGUCUGAGGCUGAGAGGCAAAAGAUUUUACGGGAUUCGGCUGCAGCGCAAGCCGCCAGGUCGAGAGCUGCGAAUCAACAAAAGAUGAAUGACCAAUUCGCCGUUCCUGAUUGGGCACGGUCUCGGGACGAUGAGUUGCAUGAGGGAAGCUUCUCCGAAAGCGACGAGGAAUCCGAAGUCGAACAUAUAGAAUGUGUGGUGUGUAACAAGACGUUUAAGAGUGAGAAGCAGUAUGAAGCGCACGAGAAGAGUAAGAAACACGUGAAGGCCGUCCAGCAAUUACAACGGCAGAUGAAAAAGGAGAACGCAAAUCUCGAUCUAAAUCUUGAUACCCCCACAUCGAUGUCGGUGAUAGAUGACGGCCGUGUAGACGGAGACGUAGAUGUCGCCGAAAACAACGAAACAGAUAACCCUCAUUUAGAAGACGAAUCCAACCAGGCAGAAACACCAUCCAAAACCAACACCGAGCCUGAGAGCUCAAAAGUCAUGACGGCCGACUCGGAAGACGAUAUCGAAGAUGAUGAGUAUGCGUCAAGAGAUGCGGUGGAAGCACGUCUUGUACCAGGGAACUUAGCAGAUCCCAACCCCUUACAAGGCGAAGGAGACCCUGUUGAUGAUAUCACGAAGAAAACAGAGGAUAUAUCGCUCCAGAGCAGCGAGCCCACCAAGAAGGUGGGCAAAGCAAAAGCCAAGCGAGAAAAGAAGGCUGCUCGCCAAGCUACUUCGGGGCAACAGGACGAUGCUACAUGCGCUGCUUGUCAGAGCCAAUUCGAUUCUAGAACAAAGCUCUUCAAGCACUUGAAGGAAACAGGACAUGCGGCGCCCAAGGCGGUCCCAUCCAAGCCCACCAAAAAGCGACGGUAGAUGUUUGCUACAUAGGCGUUCUGGAAGGUUGUGUCAAAUCAACUGGACCACCCUUAAAUCUAGUAACGCUACCAAGCAUUUCCCCUUCCACUCAAACCCGACUUAUUCUACUAUCACAUGGCCUUCCUUAUAAAAUACGGGAGGCAUUACUAAGAUAAUACCUAUUUCCAUCCCC